AUGUUUCCGGGAGCAAAUUUAGUUCCUUAUAUUUCUUUUUAUGCUCAAUUGCGUGCCUGUGUAAGCGGAGGCCCAACAAAUGCCGAUGUAACUCGAUCUGAUGGUGCCCAACACCGAAUUCAUGAUGGUGCUGGAAGCCUCGUACAGAAGCAGACCACAGUCCCCUUUUUUUGCACUCUGCCUCAGCUUAACAUGUUGCCAUUCGUUUUCAAUCCAACGGCCAAAGGAACAAUCGAAAUCACUAAUUCGUUAGGUAGGGAAACGGUUCACUUCUGCUUCUCCCCUUCGGUUCCAUUCCCACAGCAUAAACUGCAUCCCAUUCACCGGCAAGCGAUGGGCUGUAAAAACCAAAGACUGACGUCUGUCUGGCCAUUUCUCGGCAAAAUUGGCGUCAACUACCGUAUAGGCUGA